GGAGGGAUUUGUAGCACAUGGGAUGAUGAGGUUUGUGAUACCAGCGCCAGUUUAAAUAUUGAAGAAAUGGACAGUGGUCAAUUUCGACAUUUCAUGGACGUCCCCAGCCCUUAUUUCAAGUUUCUUUUCGGGAGGAAAGGCGAGACAAAAAGAAGGUUGGAGACAGAGACAGAAACUCAGUUGACAAUCCCGGGACAUGGAAAAGAGGGGCCUAUAGUUAUUGUAGGUCACCACAGGAAAGGUGUGUUGUCAGCCAAGACACGCAUAGAGUUGUUAGUGAACUCUGCACGCCAGAAACUACCAUCCACUCACUUCCUAUCUCUACCUAUGAACAGUCCGGAAAUCAAGGACAGUUUUCAGGAUUUCAAAUCCGAAGUUCUGCUACACUGUGAUGGGGCGCGAGGUUUAGAUGGGACGAUAUUCCAGAACCCUGACAAGCUACACCUGACGCUAGGCAUGCUGGUCUUGUUGAGCGACGCUGAGAUCAAAGCUGCUCGUAGUCUCCUCCAGGACUGCCAGGAUUCUAUAGUUGAUCCUAUAUUGAAAGCAGAACCUUUAAUUGCACAAGUACAAGGCCUUGAGUACAUGAACGAUGACCCAGGUGCUGUGGAUGUCCUGUAUGCUAAAUUAGACCUCCUGUCAUCAUCAGACAGACUGCAGAUUUUAGUGGAGAGGCUAGUUGAGAAGUUUGUGGCUGCUGGACUGAUGCAGAGAGAGCAUGAGCGUGUCAAACUCCACAUGACGGUGAUCAACUCUCUGAUGAGGAAGGAUCCCACUGGUGUCGCAGUAUCCAAGGGAGACAACAAGAAAGGACCCCCAAGAGAGUCGUUUGAUGCCACAGAUAUUCUGAAGAAUUUUGGCGAUGUUGACUUUGGUGAAAUUCACUUGAAGGAGCUUCACUUGUCAAAGCGGUACACAACUGAUGAUAAUGGAUAUUAUGCCUGUGAGGGACGAUUGUUUCUGCCGUAAAGGGAAGUGACUCUUGUCAAAGCGCUAUACAACUGAUGAGGACAGUUAUUAUGCCUGUGAGGGAUGAUUGUUUCUGCCAUAAAGAGAAGUAAUUCUUGUCAAAGCGCUAUAUAACUGAUAAGGACAUUUAUUAUGCCUGUAAAGUACGAUUGUUUCUGUCAUAAAGGGAAGUAACUCUUGUCAAAGCGCUAUUCAACUGAUGAGGACAGUUAUUAUGCAUGCAAGGGACUAUUGUUUCUGCUGUAAAGGGAAACAACUCUUACUUCUGUACGCUUGAAGUUAUAACAAUGGUUUCUCCUUGUAACUUUAUUAAAGAGGACAUUGAUGAUGGAUAAAAAAACUUUUUGUAAAUAUUCAUAAUGAAUUAAGAAUUAAUCAUAUUUACAUGUAUGGUAGAGAACUGAACGCCCUUGCGGGUCAAGUGUGGAUAUAAAAAUGAUCACUGUAGUCUCUCACC